AUGAAGAUCCCUGCUCCACCGGCUCCAGUUGCUGUAUCACAACCUGCACCAACGACGAAUGAUGGCCCAGUGAAAGUCGUGGUUGGUGAUACGUUCAAGUCGCAAGUACUUGAUUCCGGCAAGGACGUUCUGCUGCUUGUAUACGCUCCCUGGUGUGGACACUGCAAGAAGUUGGAACCUACAUACGAAGAAUUCGCGAAACUUGUAGCUGAGUCGAAGUCAGCAAACGAGGCAUUAGUGGUGGCGAAGAUGGACGGAUCUGCCAACAGGCUACCAGAUGAGAAGUACAAGGUGACGGGAUUCCCAACGGUCUGGUUUUUCAAGAAGGGUUCGGACACGCCCAUCGAGUUCAUGGGAGAGCGAACAGCAAACGGUCUUGCUUCGUUCGUGCAGCAGCACUCUUCAGUGUCUGGAAGAUUGUUUUCGCCUUGA